AUGGGUUUUGUGCGGGCGGCCGUGCAUCUAUGGGCGCUGCUAGUGCAGAGCGCCUGGAUGGGGGUCGCGGCGAGCCCCACCGAUGAAGGAGCCCUCAGGGCCGGACACGGCGAGCAUGGAGACCCGGGCCACCAAGAGCCGCAUAAAGACUCCUACAGCACGUUUGCGUCCGAGUUCCUGGAGUCCAAAUAUCUGUCUGAUGAUGGAUAUCCAUUCCCCACUGCUCCACCGGUGGACCCCUUUGCCAAAAUCAAAGUUAGUGACUGUGGAAUCACCAAAGGCUGUAUCAGGUAUGGUAAACCCGGCUGUGAUGCAGAGAACUGCGAUUACUUCUUGAGUUACCGGCGGAUUGGGACUGAUGUGGAGUUUGAGCUGAGCGCAGACACAGACGGAUGGGUGGCCGUAGGCUUCUCCUCUGACAAGAAAAUGGGAGGAGAUGAUGUCAUGGGCUGUGUCCAUGAUGAUAAUGGCCGUGUGCGCAUCCAUCACUUCUAUAACGUGGGCCAAUGGGCAAAAGAGAUCAAGAGGAACCCUGCCAGAGAUGAGGAGGGCAUCUUUGAGAACAACCGCGUCACGUGUCGAUUCAAGCGCCCGCUGUAUGUGCCCCGAGAAGAGACGCUAGUGGACCUGCACCUGUCCUGGUACUACCUGUUUGCGUGGGGUCCUGCCAUUCAAGGUUCAAUCACUCGACAUGAUAUCGACAGUCCCCCUGUCAGCGACCACAUGAUCAGUAUCUACAAAUAUGAGGACCUGUUUAUGCCCUCCACGGCGUACCAGACCUUUAACUCUCCCCUCUGCCUCCUGCUUAUAGUAGCUCUCACCUUCUACCUGCUGAUGGGGUCACCAUGA